UGCUGCUUAUUCAUGCCAAUUAGAGCUAAAAGAAAAAUCCUGCUGGCCAGGCCUUGAUCUCAUGACAGUCAUGAGAACUCCAGGCAGGGGGUUUGGGGGUGGAAUACAAGGGGAGGCAUUGCUAAUACCAUCACUACUCAGCCCUGGAAUUAAGACCUUGUCAGACGUCAACACCAGUUUCCAGCAAGGACUAACUGACCCUACAGAAAUGCCAAAAUCUGAUUAUGUUCUGCAAGGAGGUUUUGGUUCUAGGGGGGAUGGACUUUACCUGAAAUUAGAAGAGGCCAUUGGCAUUGCUGUUCUGGUUAUAAUCCUUGUAAUUCUACUGAUAAUUGGGUGCUGGUAUUACAAAAAACGCAAUGGAUACUUGAUACUCCAGAAUCGACACGUACCUGAUAAUGCAGCGAGUUCCUUUAUGCCAUCCCUUCAUCAUAAUGAAGAAGGAACCUCUUUGGAGACCAAAGUACCUAUGAAUGAUUACACUCAUUCAAAUCUGAUUCCAAAUGCUCCACCUGCGUAUGAUAAAAUUGCUUCAGAGCAAAUGCCACCAGCAUAUUUUCCUUGAAUUGAUGGUGCAUGUUAGUUCAACACUUCCGAUGAAUCUUCAUUCAUUUUUGGUUAUAUAGAAAUGUGAUCUUUAUUUGCUGUACAUUAGUUGAUGUCAUAUUUGCAGGUGCUGCAAUAAUCAACAUUUAUUCUGAAUGUAAAAUCUCAGAUUACAUAAAAGGGAGUGGAGGCUGUUCAGAAUAACAGCUAACACUUAACAGAAUGUUUAAAUUUUAGUAAAUGACUCAAACUGCACAGGACUGGUGAAAUAAAUGCUUGUCAUGCAACAUUAUAAUGUGGCUAUCUGAUGCACAAAUUGCACCGUAAAGUUUCACCUGCUUGCCGCUGUGAAAACCCUAAUCAAAUCAUGGGGCUUGUAAUAACUUCCUGCUCCCAACAUAAGGAUGAUGUCUUGGAGUUGCACUGGUUUUCCAGCAGAACUUUAGACUGGGUAGUGACCUGAAAUUAAAACCCUAGCAAUAGUUUCUGCUUCUGAAGUCAUAAGAAAGAAGGUAGCAGCAAAUUGCAAGCAACGUAGUAUUGUUUA